AUGAUGGCCGCCUUAGGUGUUUCCGCCGACAUCUCCUCCCCCUCCUCCUCACAUCAACAUAAUUUUCCCUCGACCUUCUCUCCCGUCACCUCGCCGUCAGUCACCGACGCUCCCAGCGCUUACACUGCCACCCCUCGCUCCAACUCUGCCGUUUCGACCCCUGUCUUCGCCGCUUCGCCCCCUGCGAGCACCCUCGGCGGUGCACCGACGCCAACCCCGAGCUGUCCGGCAAAUGCCUCUCACGCCCCGCAUCAGCUUCCUGCCAUUCGACCGAACGCUGCGCAACCCAUAUCCGUCAGGCCGCCCCAGGUCUUGAACAAAAUGUCCAUGGCUUCCGUCAUCAGCCCAACACCCACUGCCGAGGCGCCCAAGAUGUCUAUGACCACCAAGGAAUGGGUCAUCCCUCCCAGGCCAAAGCCCGGCCGUAAGCCCGCCACCGACACUCCGCCCACCAAGCGCAAGGCCCAGAAUCGUGCCGCUCAGCGCGCCUUUCGCGAGCGUAGGGCUGCGAGGGUCGGCGAGCUGGAGGAGCAGCUCGACGAAAUCCGUGAGACCCACGAAAAAGCCGAGCAGGAACUCAAGGACAGGGUGCACGGCCUCGAAAUGGAGCUCCAGUCCUUCAAGUCCCGGUGUCUCGUCCUUGAGAACAUGCUGGACCGCGAGAGGAAGGAUCGCGUCAAGGCCGAGACGGAGCUCGAGGGCCUGAAAAGGCGCUGGAGUGACCAGGCCACAGUCCCAAGGCGCCUGCCAUCCCCCCGCCGCCGAGACGCUCAGCUUACCCAUCAUGAACCUUCCAACCCCUCGGUCAGCCACUCAAACCAGCCCUUUUCCAUUCCGCAGAUCGUCUCCCCCCAGGACUCAACACACAUGCCAGACUCUCCUGCCCUCUUUGGCUGCGGCUCAUGCGGCCCUGACAGUUGCGCCUGCGCCAAUGACAUUCUUGCCGACACUGUCACAGGCUGCGGCAACUGCACUCUCGGAGGCCGAUGCGCAUGCCUUGAAGAAACUAUCAAGAGCGCCAUCAUCUCGGACCUGAAGAGAUCAUCUUCGCCUUCGGCAUUGGUAUCUGUGGAGAAGCGGCACCGUACCGAGCCGACCCCGCCAGAGGAGGAGACGGAGAUCGACUUUACGGCCAUGUUCUCCAAGAAGGCACCUGUUCAGCAGCAGCCGACGACAACCUCUUCCCUUGUUCAGUCUCACUCCCAGCUGCCUUCAAUGGCCUUCAAGGAUUCCUGCGGAUUUUGCAAGGACGGAAGUUACUGCCUCUGCGCUGACACUUCCAUACCCCUCGGUCCUCCCGCUGCUACCGACUACGGCCCUCCUCCCGCCUACUCACAACAGACCCAAACCCCUCCCCCGUCAGAGAACGACGCUGUCCCUCCACCCGUACCCAUGGAGAUCGACGCCGAUGGUGCCGUCAAGCUCCGGCCUCGUCCUCAGACGACCCAGCCCGUCGUCCCCGUAUCCCGUGGCUGCGGUCCCAAGGGUCCCGGGUCCUGCGCCCAGUGUCUCGCUGAUCCCAAAUCCGGCCUGUUCUGCCGCGCCCUCUCCGCAAACUUCGAGCGCAACGGCGGAAGCUCCGGUGGCGGGUGCUGCGGCGGUGCGGGCGCAAGCGGCGGGUGUUGCAAGUCCGAGCCAGCGCCGCCUCGUCUUCCGACCAAGGGCAAGCUCGGUCUGAGCCUGAGCUGUGCCGAGGCCUACCAAACGUUAUCUAGCCAUCGCAACUUUGAAAAAGCUGCCGAUGACAUUGGCUCGUGGCUGCCCAAGCUCCGCGCAGCACCCAAACCGGGCCAAACACUACCAUCCCCCUCCCGCCUGCCCAUCGAGGUCGAGGCGGCGAGUAUCAUGAGCGUGCUCAAGGACUUUGACAUCCGCUUUGGCAGGGGGCAGUAG